AUGCACCACCAGUACGUGAUCGACUUGGUCAACCUGCUGCUGCUGUCCAAAACUGGUGGGGAGUUGCCGUCUAACGAGUCUCCCUGCACCUCAGGUGUCGUGCUCGUGCUGGCGUUCGUGCUUGCUGCGCUUGAGGCUGAUGUGCUUGAGGACGAGGUGCUUGAAGUGGUGCUUGUGGAUUCCGUCGAGUCGCCCGUUGUGCUGGUCUCACUUUGUGAUGUGGUGGCCCCUGAGGUCGAAGUAUUUGUUGCAUUCUCAGUUUCUGUGGUGGAGGCUUCGGAAGUAGUGGUGCUGGUGGCACACACUGCGUCUGUGCACCCUUCCGAUUCUGUCAAUGAAGUGCACCCUCCAGUUCGGGAGCGCGAUCUGGUGCCGUCUCCGCAAGUUUGGGAGCAAGAACCCCAGGAUUCCCAGUCUUGA